UGCUUGCCACUCUUUCUUGUACAGUUUUGAUGUCUGAUUCUUCGGAGUGUAACAUGUUUAUGGCCCAGUCUCGUGCUGUUUAUUCCUGCCAGGCCCAAGGUCUGUUAUCAGUUCCCGCUGCUCCUCCAGACAUCCAAGUACUUUUGCUGACUUUUAACCAUAUCUCGUCCAUUUCAAAUGACUCCUUCCCGACCCUCCCAAAGCUCCAAGGCCUGUCAUUGGGGGGUCAGAACAUAAAAGGGCCUUUUCACGUAGGGAAAGGUGCUUUCUACAACCUACCUAACCUUAAUACUCUUGACCUUGGAGGUAACCGCAACGUCAGCCUGCAUCCAGAAGCCUUCAAAGGUCUGUAUCAACUUGAAGUCCUUCUUCUAGACUCUAAUGGACUCGAUGAAUCUGUUUUAGAAUCCAGUUUAUUUAGUGAACUGUUCUCUCUGAGAAUGCUUGAUCUUUCUUAUAACAACAUACACAGGCUUCAACCUGAUCCCAGUUUUCUAAGGCUGAAGUCCUUUUCUACCCUCAUUUUAAAAUUCAACAAAAUCCAUGAACUGUGUGGAAAUGACCUCCAGAACUUUAAAGGAAGAAGGCUGGAGCUCCUUGACCUCUCGUAUAAUCCGCUACAAGUGUCCAAUACGUCCCUUUGCGCUAACCCUUUUGUGAACAUAACAUUGGGCACCCUAGAUAUAUCAUUAAUGAGCUGGAGUGCAGAGAAGUUUGGACAAUUUUUCAGGACAAUUUCAGGUACUCCGGUAAAGAAUGUUAAGAUGAGCCAUAGUGCGGUGCUAGGAAGCGGAUUUGGAUUUAGUAAUAUAAAAAACCCAGAUAACAAAACUUUUGAAGGUCUCAACUCCAGUAAUGUUUAUCAUCUUGACUUGUCCCAUAGUUUUGUGUCACAGCUAAACCCUGGUGUAUUUUCUGCUUUUUCCGAGCUAUUGUCCCUUGAUCUGUCUUUCAGCAAAAUUAGCAGCAUCAGCAAAGGAUCAUUUGCAGGUCUAACAGGACUGGUGAGCCUCAAUAUGUCUUCAAAUAUCCUUGGAGACAUUACAGUCAACAGUUUUGAAAGUCUGUGGGCUUCCCCUCUUCAAACCCUGGAUCUUAGUGUAAAUAAUAUUGGAGCUAUACAGUUUAGAGCAAUGGAUGGUCUUGCCUCCCUAUCAACCCUGAACCUAAGGGACAAUGCUUUACAGAAUAUACCUCAAGGUAAACUUCCAGCUUUAACUCUAGUACUGUUUAAACAAAACCGUAUCUCAGACAUCUAUGGCCUAACCGCCUUCUGCCCUAACUGCACUUUCCUGGAUCUCUCAAGCAACCGACUAACUGAUCUGAAGUCCUUGUGGCAUAUUCUAGAGUUGGAAUCUCUGAAAACCCUGCUAUUAAGUAGUAAUAAACUUUCCUGUUGUUCUGCUGCUAGCAAAUCCAUAAGCAAGUCUAAGCUUCAUUAUUUGGAUCUGUCUGAUAAUGAUCUGGGACAGAUUUGGAACUCCGGACAGUGUUCAGACAUCUUUACAAAUCUAGAGUUACUUGAAAUUCUUAGCCUCUCAAAGAAUCAAAUCACCUCUAUACCUGAAGAAUUGUUCAGUGGUUUAAAGGGCCUCAGUUUUCUAGAUCUGUCUAGAAAUAACCUCAGACUUAUCCAAGGAGAACUCUUCACUGGCCUUAAAGAACUGAAAACCCUAAAUCUAGGAAGCAACAAUCUUGUUACUCUCUCAUCUUCUAGUUUUCAAUCUCUGACUUCCUUGCAGACCCUUGAUCUGUCACAAGUGACACCUGUAUGUACCUGUGGUCUAAGUGACUUCUGGAACUGGAUGAGGACAACUAAUGUCACGGUGAAUGUCAGACCAAGUGGUGAGCUAACAUGUCUUAGGUUAUCCUCGCCUAUUCAGGAGAUGUCACUGUCGGACUAUUUUAAUGAAUGUUAGAAAUACAUUAUAUAUAUAUAUAUAUAUAACCACGGGCAUGAAGAAAA